AUGGCAGACGAUUUAUCUGUAUUGCUGUCAUGGUUUGCAAAUAUUUCAAACUAUUACUCCAUCAUUAUAGUUCUGCUGUGUUUCUGUGGAAUGGUCAUAUUUAUUUUCAGAUUAAAUGCUGAACACAUCUUUUCAUCAAGAAUCAUUGCAUUUAACAGUCCUCCUAUAAAAAAUGAAAUGAUGUAUAUAAAAAAUCCUUUUUAUUGUGAGUUGGGAAAGAAAAAUACAUCUGUUAAAGAUGGUAUAUAUCUAAAAGUCAGUUAUACGCAACCUGUUGUUAUGUAUUUCAUUUGGGGAGCUCCAAUUGAUGACGUUUUUAAAGCUUUUCUCAGAAGUACAGCAAUUGUAAAGGAAGAAUUGGAAGAUUCAAUGUAUUUAAAUAAUCAUAGUCUUCAUGUUAAAAAAAUUGAUGGGUUUGCCAACUGUUCUGAAGAAAUUUACUUAAAUUGUCCGUCCAGUUUAGAGACAUGUGAUUUUGGACAUCCAUCAAGGAAACUCUACCCUUUGGUACUGUUAAUGUACAAUAAAGAGUAUAUUGAAGAAAAAGAACAUGAAAAUAAAGUGAAAAUUUUAAUGACAAUAUUCCAUGUUGAAGAUGAAAAUGCUGUUUAUAAAUCCUAUAUAAUAGGUCAAUAUAUCAAAUUAAAUCAAGGUCAAGUUUUUAACUUACAGUCAAUAUUUGUAUCUACCAGUACUGACAAUGAUAAUAACAGUAAUAAUGCUGAUGAAGAUAUGUGUGUAGUAUGUCAAGUAUUUGUGAUAUCUCAUGUUAUUUUACCAUGUAGACAUGCUUGUGUUUGUUAUCAAUGUUUUAAUAAACUAACUACAUGUCCAAUGUGUCGUACCGAUAUAGAUAGUUAUUUUACAUUGAAUGGUUUUCAUAUUACACCUGAAGUAGUUGAAAACAUCCCAGAUUCUCACCCAGUGAAUUCUCUGACAAGAUGGGAGAUGUGGAACAAUAGACUAAAUGAAUUUCUAGGCUAUAGAUAA